UGUGUGUUUUGCAAUAGGGUGAAUGAACGAAGGUCAAUAACGCCCUCUUCGGCUGACGCAGGCGCACUAGAAGUUAAGUACUCACGUGGACACUAACGAAUCUUUCUAUUCGGGCAUUGGAAAGAUUAGCAGUCAUGGCAGGAAAAGCUUUCAAGAACUUUCUUCCUUUACUUGACCGUGUUCUUGUUGAACGGCUUUCUCAAGAGACCAUUACCAAAGGAGGAAUUGUUCUUCCUGAAAAAUCUCAAAAUAAAGUCUUGCAGGCAAUGGUGGUAGCAGUUGGUGGUGGGUCUAAAGGAAAGGGUGGAGAGAUACAACCUGUUGAUUUAAAUGUUGGGGAAAAAGUUCUGCUUCCUGAAUAUGGCGGAACUAAAAUUGUGCUUGAUGAUAAGGAAUAUUACCUAUUUAGAGAUAGUGACAUUUUAGGAAAAUUCUUGCCGUGACUGCAGUUUUUUUCAUAUUUUUCUCACUUCCACCCCCUCUUAUUACAAAAGAUAUAUUAGAAACAAAGAUUAUGUAGGGAAUGUAAUGUAUUUGCUACAAUAAAGUUAAGCAAAAAAAAAUG